AUGAUAUUCGGCAGGAAGUUUCGUUUGCAGACCGACCACGCACCUCUGGUUCGGAUCUUUGGAUCUCGGAAAGGUAUUCCGGUUUAUACGGCGAGUCGUUUACAGCGGUAUGCACUGACUCUUCUGUUGUACGACUUUAUAAUCGAGCAUGUGCCAACCGAUAAAUUUGGAAAUGCAGACGUUCUAUCAAGACUGAUCAAUAAUCACGCCAAACCAGAGGAGGAUUAUGUGAUUGCGAGCGUGAUUUUGGAAGAAGAUAUGCGGUUCGUAGCGGACGAAGCAAUUAGAGGCCUUCCCCUCAGUUUCAAGAUAGUGGAACAGGCGACACAAGUCGAUAAGCAGCUACGCAGAGUCUAUCGGUAUCUUCGAGAAGGCUGGCCGGAAGAGGCCAAGAUCGACGAUUCAGAGAUACGGCGAUUCUUUGGUCGGAAAGAUUCUUUGUGUACCAUUGGAGAGUGCAUUAUGUUCGGGGAACGAUUAGUGAUUCCAGAAAAGUAUAGGCAGCAAUGUUUACGCCAGUUGCAUCGUGGACACCCUGGCAUACUGCGAAUGAAGGCGCUAGCUAGGAGUUAUGUGUAUUGGCCGUCGAUUGAUGACGAGAUCGCCCAGUACGUCAAGGCCUGUAAGCAUUGUGCUUCCGUAGCAAAAUGUCCACCAAAAGCAGCACCGGUUCCGUGGCCAAGACCGAUGGGUCCAUGGAAGCGUGUUCACGUGGAUUUUGCUGGUCCAAUCGACGGAGUUUAUUAUUUGUUAGCCGUGGACGCACACUCGAAGUGGCCUGAAGUUGUGGCAACGCAACGAAUAACAUCGACUGCCACCAUCAACAUCCUGCGUAGCAUCUUUGCCCGGCUGGGAAUGCCUGAAACUCUCGUCAGUGAUAAUGGCACACAGUUCACGAGCAGCGAGUUCAAGAAGUUCUGCAGUGAUAAUGGCAUAGAUCACGUAACCACGGCUCCUUUCCACCCACAGUCAAAUGGUCAAGCAGAAAGGUUCGUGGACACGUUCAAGCGUGCUCUGAAGAAAAUACAGGAGGGGGAAGGCAGAGUUGGUGAAGCAUUGGAUGUUUUUCUUCUAACAUACCGUACAACGCCAAAUAGGCAGGUCGAAGAAGGGAAAUCACCGUCCGAAGCAAUGUUUGGCCGGCAAAUUAGAACGAGUUUAGACCUGCUCCGCCCUCCACCAGUGCUCCCACAGAGUGAAGACGACAACGGUAAUCAGAAUCGAAGGACCUUUUCUGCGCACGAUUUAGUCUACGUGAAAGUGUAUAGUAACAACAAGUGGCGUUGGGCACCUGGUACCGUUUGUGAGAGAAUUGGCAACGUGAUGUACACCAUUUGGGUCGAAGGUCAACGGAUGAUACGAUCGCACGUUAAUCAGCUGCGCACUCGUGGCGGUACACAACAAGGCAGCCGUUCGCUACAAUCUUCUGCGUUGCCUCUUAACGUUCUUUUGGAUGCGUGGAACAUCCCAAGACCCACACCGACAGUUUCAGCACAACCAUCGUCUCUGUUGGCCUCCGAUGACUUUUCCAACCAACUGGAGUCCUCUGUUGAUUUUCAACCGUUGCUACCAACUUCUUCUUCGUCCUCGUCAACGUCUCAAUCAUCGUCUUCAAUAUCUGCAUCAUCAGCAGAGUUCGUAUCAGCAGAUAGCGAACCAAUUACACCGGUACAGCUUCCACGUCGCUCUUCGCGAAAUCGAAGACCGCCGCAGUGGUUUGAUCCGUACCACCUCUAUUGAGAAGGGGGGAUGUUGGGGACAACUGGAAUGCGAA